UCAAAACGCGUAAAAUGGUAAAAUUGGGAGUACAAUUUUAGCUGUUUUUUAGUUAAUUACAAAAUAACACUACAAAAAUGUAAAAGUAUUCCUGUUAGUGGUAAUAUUAUAAUUAUGAACUAAAUCAAGAUCAGACUAGCGGAAUGGAGACAGUAACGGGGUGCGUUAAAAUCAAGACAGAGCCCGAAAUUAUAGAACCUUCGUCAUUUGAUCUGUCUGAUCAUAAUAUUGGAGUUUCUGGUGGAAAUAGUCUACAAAAUAGUGAAAAUGAUAAUAGCGUUCGAGAGGAAGACAAAAACCCUAAGUUUAAGCCGGAGUUUAUCAGCAUUAAAAAGGAACCGGGCCUUUCUGACACUGUCAAGUCUGAGCCAAUAUCACCUAAUUUUGAAACAGCAAGUUGGCACAAUGUACCCAUCAAAUAUGAAGCUGGAUGUCAGAAUAUUAAUGUUGAAGUGUCCAUUAAAGAGGAACCAACUGACUCAGAAAUGUCAACAGUUGAACAAAAUUCCGAUUAUAUUGUACCAGACUUUAUACCACAGAUACAGAAACCAUGCAAUAUGUUUAUAAGUGAUGUUUCUGACAAAAUUUUUGACUUGAACUCUACGGUUGAUGGAAAGUACAUGUGCCCAAUAUGUCAAAAGAUAUUUGCAAACAAAGGCAACGUUGGACGUCACAUAAUAAGAGCUCACACAAGGGAAAAACUGGAAUGCAAUGUGUGCUUUCGAAAAUUCACCAAACAUGGUCACUAUCAAAAACACCUGCUCUCACAUUCCUCGGAAAAACGGUUUAAAUGUGAAGAAUGCGACAAAAGGUUUCGAACUUCAUCGAACUUAGAACAACACAAGCGCAUUCAUCUAGCAAUAAAACCCUUCCAUUGCCAAACCUGUACGAGACAGUUUGCCGUCAAAGCUAAUCUGGUGAAACACCAAGGAUCGGGCCGGUGUAAAGUUCCAAGUGCAGCACCUAUAAUAUGUAACGUCUGCAAUAAGGUAUUUCAAAAGGAGUUCUUAUUAAAAAGUCAUUUACGCAAACACACUACUGAACGCCCGUUCACAUGUGACAAGUGCAAAAUGAAUUUCAAAUACAAAUCCACACUAAUACGUCACGUGCAACUACAUAACAACAUUAAACCAUACUCCUGUGACAUUUGCAAGAAAAAGUUUACCCACUCGGGGCUUAUAAAACCUCACAUGAGAAAGCAUACUGGAGAAAAGCCUUAUGUUUGCUCGAUAUGUAACAAACAGUUCGCUCACAAACAUAACAUGCAAAGGCAUCAGUUAAGGCAUGCGAAACAGAAAAAUUUAGUUUGCUCAGUCUGUAAUAAAAAGUUUCCGAAAGAAAGCAGAUUGAUCUAUCAUAUGCGGACACAUACUAAAGCAAAGCCAUUUAUCUGUGGGGUUUGCCCCAAAACGUUUUCACACAGACAAAAUAUAAUUAGACAUUACAGUAGGAAACAUCCUAAUGAUACUUACAACUGCACCGAUACUGAUGCGAGUGUAGCCAAGGAUGUAUGGGAGAAUGUUGUGUUGAAAAAGGGUUUGCAAAUCAAAGUAGACAUCAAACAAGUUGUUAGCAGUGAUGAUGAAUUAUUAUCAGAUAUUAAAACCGAGGAAAUUAUAGGGAAAUAAUAUAUAUAUUUUUAAAUAUAUAGGUAUGUUGGCUCAAACAUAAUUUUUGUAGUAAAAGUUUGUAAGUAAAUUACUAAGUGGUGUAGAAGCAUUCAUGUCAUAGAUCUCUAGGUAAACGUUAAAAGCUAAAUAAGUAGCGUCUCGCUGAAAUGCGUAAGAGGCGCACUAUAUGCGGCCCAUACGACUUUUUUACCGCGACCUGACAAUGAAAUCAUGAUACGAGCGAAAACCAUCGAUAUUGGAGCGCCACCUUUAUUUCUAUGGCGAAAACCUAACUCCAGAAAGUCAAAAGCACCAAGCAAAUCGCGUUGCUUUGCGUUUUUCCGAGAAGGUUUCUGCGAAACCAAACAAAGGAAAAUGGACCGGUGGCCAUACCUAAGGGCGUGUUCCCAAUGGAGCGGAGACGUGUAUGUUCAACCAACCAAGUUAUUUUUUUUGACAUUUUAUCACGUCAUGAUUGGUCAAAAAACAGAUCUCCGCUCCGCUUCAGUGGAAAUGCACCCUAAUUGUAAGCAAUAAAAUGAAUAAAGCAUAGAUGUAGUACCUGAUCAAAAUUUUAGCUUUGCAACUAAAUUAUUCCAGAAUAUAUGUGUAAAAAUAUAAGAAAACCAGUAUGUAAGUAAAUUUUAAUAAAUUAUUCGUUUUUCCAUGAAAAUAUAUAACUUUUCUCAUGCCCCCUGAUAUAAUUGAUCUGUGUAGGUAAAAAUAACCUAUUUCUGUCUCCAGUCCAGAAUGUCAAAUUAUCUGAUUUCCAAACUUCAUCAAAAUCGGUUUAGUCGUGAAAAUAUACCAAACAUACCGACACACUUUUAAAUUUAAAAACAUUCGUACGGAGAACGAAUAAAUUCGCUAUUAAUAACUCAAAUGAGACUCAGGAGAAUCCAUGCCCAGUUGUGGGCUGGUGAUGAAUUGAGAUGAUAAUGGUGAAUGAACUAAAUGUAUGUAUUUGUUAAUUUUGUUUUGUUGAUAUUAUUACUAAAGAUCUCUAUUGCCAAGUUUUACAUAUCUGGCUUAAAAAUAAGAAUUAUUGCUUACUUUAGAUAUUAUAAUAUAGGAAUGAAGUUAUAUGUAUAAUAUAAUUGUUCGAUGGCAUAUACAUGUUUGUUCUAAAAUCCGAAUAACUGAUAAAUCGGUAAAGUUUUCUAUAUAGGUACCUAAUUGGAAUGGACUGCUGUUGUUUUAUUAUAAUGGAAAUCUGACUCUUUUUAACCCCCGGCCCAAAAAAGGGGGGUGUUAUAAGUUUUUGACGUGUGUAUCUGUCUGUGGCAUCGUAGCUCCUAAAUUAAUGAACCGAUUUU